UUGGGCCGCUCCCCUGAAAGAGGCGUAAAGGAAAGGAAAAAUUAAAAAAAAAAAAAAAAACAGGGAAGAGCGAGCGAACGCCAAAACCCCCGCAUCCCCGAUCCUUGAACCCCAAAACCCUUAUACUCAAAGCCCCAAUCUCUCCAUCGCCAUCGCCAUGGCCGGGAUCCUCCGGAGUUACGCCGCGCGAUCCCUAGCUCGCCGGGUUCGCGGCGCUGCGCCGGCGCCGCCGCGCCGGCGCUUCUCCGCUGCCGCCGUCGCCGUGGAGGAGGAGGAGGAGAUCGGGUAUUGGACGGAGUGGGAGGAGGAGGAGGAGGCGGCGGAGCGGGAGCGGCGGCGGCGCGCGGCGGACGCGGACGCGCUCGGGGAGAGGGGGCGGAGGGGGGUGCAGUGGGUGUUCAUGGGGAGCCCCGGCGCGCAGAGGCACGCCCACGCCGCGCGCCUCGCCGAGCUCCUUGCGGUGCCCUACAUCUCCAUGGGCACCCUCGUGCGCCAGGAGCUUAACCCUCGAUCCUGCCUCUACAAAAAGAUUGCAAAUUCGGUCAACGAAGGGAAGCUUGUACCAGAGGAUAUCAUAUUCGGAUUGUUGACGAGAAGAUUGGAGGAGGCAUAUCACAGUGGCGAGACUGGAUUUAUUCUUGAUGGGAUCCCGCGAACUCGACUCCAAGCUGAAAUCCUUGAUCAGAUAACGAAGAUUGACUUGGUAGUUAAUUUCAAAUGCAUAGACGACUGUUUAGUGAAGAAAAAGUUUGGAAGUGACAUCUGCUCACACUGUCGUAAGCCCUUCGAUGCAAGGAAUUCAGAAUCUACUAGCCUUAAUCCAUGUCUAGCAACACGCACUCGGCAUGCUCAGCUAAAAUCUUCUACUGCGGUAGAUCUGGAUGAUUCUCGAGUGGAGAAAAUACGCAUCUAUUCUGAGCAGAGCAAGCUGUUGGAAGAGUACUACAGGAAACAGAAGAAGCUUUUGGACAUCCAAGUGUCCGGUGGCCCUGGAGAAACCUGGCGGGGCCUUCUAGAAGCACUCCGCCUCGAGCACAUCGAACCCGCCCCUUCUCCGCACAAGCUCACCGUGUGACAUUUAUCCUUUUAAGCUUCUGCUUUGCGGAGUAUCUCUAGCCGGUGAACCACAAGGUUCCUGCACCAGGUCAAAUAUUGAUGCGGAGCUUUUAUGUUUGAGUUUUCCUUAUUCAAUAAAUGUAAGCGAUUUUGCGGACGCAUUGUGUGUUAUUUGUAACGUAGAACAAAUUAUUUGAGGGCGACCGUUACGGUUCGUCGUUUCUGAAAUUUUGUUUCUAAGCUUGUGGAAGAGAGAGGUAACUUCCUUUUUGCACCUCCUAUCUCCAGUUGUUUGUUUUCAGGAAAGUGAGUGGUUCUUGGUUGUAUGUUUCUGAAAAAGUUUUUUAGUAUCAAUUCCGAGUUCUAAGAA